UCAAACGGACAAAUUAGCGAGCGAAGACUCCCUGAUGUCUUCAAAACAACUCAUUCUGAAACGACCUUCACACUGGAGGAGCUCGGUAGAUGACGCCCGGCAUGGAGUCCUGUGAUCAGCUCCCCUCCCUAACACCUGCUCGCUGUCUGACGACCCAAGUGUCUCCUCCUCUCACUGGCGUUCGCCGCACGCCUCCACUGCUCCUGCGGCAAGUCACCGCGGCAUCUCGAUGGAGUCCUCCUGUGAGUUGUCCGCCUCUCUGUCCAGCGUCUCCUCGUUGCUCACUCGCUGCAGGACCUUUAAGGUGUUGGUAAUCGGAGACUCGGCCGUGGGGAAGACGUGCCUGACACACCGACUCUGUGGCGGGGAGUUCCCCUGCAGGGUCGAGGCCACCAUCGGCGUGGACUUCCGAGAGAGGCUUCUGGAGAUCGAUGGAGGGAAAAUCAAGCUGCAGCUGUGGGACACAGCCGGACAGGAGCGAUUCCGUAAAUCCAUGGUGCAGCACUACUACAGGAAUGUCCACGCUGUUCUUUUUGUCUAUGAUGUCACUUGUCUGGCCAGCUUUAACAGCCUUGCAGCCUGGAUAGAAGAAUGCAGGCAGAAUUCACUAGGUCAGGAGAUUCCCAGGUUUUUGGUGGGGAACAAGAGCGAUCUGCGUAACCACAGCAACCCCAUGGGCCAGGUGAGCCAGGAGCGGGCCAUGAGUUUCGCCAAGGUACAUAACAUGACAUUUUUCGAGACCUCUGCCAAACAAGCAGUGGGACAGUGUCCUCAUGUGCACCGGGAGGCAUACCAUCAGCACAGCGUGGAGGAUGUGGUCAUGGCCGUGGGUGCUAAAUUGAAGGGCCAGAAGACGGUCUCUGCAAUGCAGUCUCCACAGCACAACAGCUCUUUUAAAAUCAUGGACAAGAAAAGCGUGGAGAACACGUGGUCGUGCUGCUGAGAGUCAGUUCUCUUUUGUGAAGGACCGGAAUGUGUCCGUCACGCUCGACAUCAGAGUGCUCCUCACAAGACUGUGAUAUUCAUCCAUGUCAUUCUGUGUAUGUUUUUUUUUUUAAUGACAUAAUU